UCAGUCAGCUGUCGAAGCCUUGGAUCAAACCACACUUGAGAGACUCGCUGUGAACUCGAGCAGAUUGGAGCUGUGGUGAUUGAGAUCCCCGCUGUGUCUGACGGAGCAAUGCGCAUGGAGCUGACGAAAGCGUUUCUGUCCAUCGCCAAAUCACUCGCCUCCAGAAGAAUCGUGAAUACACACCCAACGUUAUUGAGCCAUGCUUUUGGCAUCGGGCGGAUUCUUUACAGCCUGUUGGAACACGUGUAUUGGCAUCGGCCCAACGAUGCCGCGAGAGCGGUGGGCAUCCUAAAUACAUUGUGCUUGGUAUCUUUACUGACUUUUAUGCCUACCUUAGGUUUUGUCCCUGCCUCUUGCCGUGGCACCAAACAAAGUCCUCAUCGUCCCCCUGUCCUCCAACUCCCACUUCACUACCAUCGCUCGCAAGCUGUCGUCUUCGGCUGCGAAGGAUGGGUAUCGCAAACUUUAUUGAUGCAUCGAGCGCAUCCAUUGGCAAACGUGACCUUGAGAGAGCAGGAUUCUAUGGUCCAAGUCAAAGGUCCGGAGGAUAACAUUAUGGCGGCCAUCAAGGGCUUGGUGGAGGGCACCGAGACGUGGGAACAAGUCACGGGGAGGAUGGAGAUCUUCGGCGGGCAGGAAGAGAAUGAGUGACAGGAGUCUUAUUUACCUACCUCUGCUGAGCUCGGGUAGUACCUUAGUCCUAGUUGGAGCGUCGCGCACCACUGGCAUUGAGCCUGGCCGGGAUGACGAAGCCAAGAUCCCGUCGUCCCAACUUGCCGCGGGUCUACCAGCAUCCAGAGCUAAGCUACGCUUAGUGACGGCUCAUCGGCUAUAGGAGGAAGGCAGUCAGAGCGACGUGU